CCAGACUGAAGUGGUGGAUCACUUGAUGGUGGGGGGAGAUAAACAGUCCAGGAGAGAAACGUGCUUUAAACGGUGGACAUCACUGAAGAAGCAGCAGACAGAAGAGGCAGGAGAAAUCCAAGUCACAAUGCAGACAUACCGCCGCACCACACGGACACACUGAAGACAGCUGGGAAAGAGCAAUCCUGCAGAGUGGUGUGUAAAGAGGCUGAUGAUGAGGGCCGCAGCUUUUCAAAUGCUCUGGUUUCUACAUGUAUUCACUGCCACAACACAAGAGUCGGUGAAGCUGAUCCUGAGUCCAUGGAUUACUGCAGAGUGCGACGAGCAAGUCACUAUAAACUGCAACGCAUCUUCACGUCUUGGUGGACUAUCGAUCAAACACAUGGAGUGGUCUCAGGACAAAAUGUCUUUAUGUUCCGUGGAUAAAGAAGGGAGGAUCAGUUACUCCAACUUUACCAGUGACUUCCUUUGUGAGUACGGAAACGGACAGCUGUCCCUGACUUUUAAACGGAUGCUGCCAGUGGUCAGCGGACGGUCGAAGCAUUUCAAGUGCAAACUGCACUCCAACCAGGGAGUGUCACGUGAAUCCACACGAGUCGACUUACAAGAGUGCGCCGGGACGGUUGAGCCUUUUCUAAAUAGUGACGGGCCCUCCUGCCGCUUCAACCACGUGCACCCGGACGGAGACGUGCACUGGUUUCAUGGCUCUCGCAAUCUCUCAGACGGAUCUGUGAAACAAUACACAACCAAACAGGUGGAUUCUGAGGGCUGGCUGACAAUCCACAGCUACCUGGACAUGGAGAAUCCACGCGGCUCCUACAACUGCUCCUUGAAAAGCACCACAUCUGGGAGAUACAUCGCCAGUGCUCUGUUCGGUGAUGAACCACGACCCACAAUGUUUCGAUACUCCACCAGCAAUGGGGUCCGAUCACAGGCUGCUACAGGAAUAGCUCUGCAUAUUUUAAUCUCCCUCGCCGUCAUGAAAUAAACUUUUUACUCCAUGUUGCGGAGUGUGAUUAAAUAUAGGGGUCGUGUAACAAUUAACUGUGAUUAGGUACUGAGGCUUUCCAGAGACCAGGGGAACAGCGUCUCCAGUUAGGUGAGUCAUCUCGCACAGCGCGAAGGUUCAUUAUUCUCUUUCUGAGCUGUUGGCUCAAGUGAACAAGAAAAUUGGACUGUUGAGAAGUGAUAACCGGGAAGGCAAUAGCCAUUACUCUUUAUAAAACACUGGCUGUUCUUUUAGCUUUGAUGAGAAAUCAGAGCACAAUGGCGUCAAGAGCAACACUGAAAGCACAACAUUGCGAAACCCUCAGGAAGCCCGUCCUGAUUUGGAUUAAUUUUCAAUCCACUUGGCGUGGAUUGCUUCCAGAACAACCCUGCUUUUCGUGGUGGAA